CCGACCCCGCGCCUCUCGCCUCGGCGCUGCCCGAGAGGCGGCCAGGAGCGCGGGAGCCGCAGGAUGGUGAUCACCCGGCUUAGCCAGGAGCACGUCGCGGCGGCUCCCGACGGGCAGCCAAACCCUCCGCGCAAGCGGCGGCGGAACGAGGACGUGACCCCCGAGGAGCGGCCUGAGCCCCCGGGCGGCGCCGCCGCCGCGGCCGGCCGCCAGCUCCGCGCGCCCGUCAAGAAAAGUAAGCCGCCCCCGGUGGAUCGGCUUCGCAGCCGCGGCGAGCCCAUGCGCCCUCUGGAGCGGCAGAUCUUCCGCGACUACGGGCAGAACUGGUACCGCUUCCGAAAGGAGCUGGAGGGCAAGUUCCACCCGCUCGACCCGCUGGCGCAGCAGCCCCAAAUAACCACAGAAGCCCGUUGCAAACUGAUCAGCUGGCUAAUUCCAGUGCAUAAACAUUUUGGCUUUUCUUUUGAAUCCUUAUGCCUGACAGUAAACACUCUAGACCGUUUUCUCACAACCACCCCAGUGGCUGCUGACUGCUUUCAACUCCUAGGGGUCACCUCACUCUUCAUCUCUUGCAAACAGGUGGAAGUGCACCCACCAAAGGUGAAACAGCUCCUGGCCCUUUGCUGUGACACUUUCUCUCGCCAGCAGCUCUGCAACCUGGAGUGCAUCAUUCUCAACAAGCUUCACUUCAAUCUGUCAGCUCCUACCAUCAGUUUCUUUCUUGAACACUUCACACACAUGCGGAUGGAGGCUUGUGAAGCUGAUGCUUGGGAAGCCAACAACGCUAAAGCUCUAGCAAAAGGCGUGGCUGAACUUAGCUUAGCCGACUAUGCCUUUAACAAAUACAUGCCUUCCUUGUUGGCUGUCUGUUGUUUGGGGCUGGCUGAUCAGAUGUUACAGCACCAGAAACCGCUGGACUUGCACUUAAGUGACUAUCCAGAGGGAGUUCUGCAAGAUUGCCUGGACAAGCUACAUUUACUGGUCUCUUUAAAUGAGGACUCUUUGCCUUUGGUGCUACCUCCUGAGAUUUCAGAUCAGUGCCUGCACUUAGAAAAAUAAGUUAACCAAACAAAAACUAUUUAAAAUUUGUGACACGCAUGGGGAAGUUUAUGUUUUCUGUUUUGUUCCAGUUCCUAAAUAGAAGGAUCACUGAUAGUUGCAAUACCUCUGAAAUAACAGUAUUCACUUUGUAUUUUUACUCAAUAAUCCCUUCAACAAGUUUUACACUGUAUUUAUAUUUAUUAGUAGAAACUAUGAUGUUGAUUUAGAAUAAAAUUAAAGAACAGCUUCUUCAAUAUUUUACAGAUAAUUUCAGAUUCUGUUUUGCACAAUAGACUUACAUUGCACUGACAUCAUUUUAAGUAAUAGCUUAGAGUUGUAAACAAUGUAUAUUAUGCCUGGUACUUUAUUUAUUGAAAUGAUAGUUCAGUUUGAAGCCAUAGGAAGGAGAACCAAAUUGUAAAGGUGUUUAUCUAAUAAAGCUUCUACCAUUAA